AUGGCGCCCACGGAAAGCGAGAUUCUCACAAACUACCUGCUCCAGCCCGCGGCACUGACGGCCAUCGUCACCUUUGCCCAGUUCCAAGCCCUCUUCCCGAGCCCCAUCCAAGCCUCGCCCCAGCUGCGUACACUCUUCCGCGACCUCCAGGCCCAACGCAACGGUGCCGUCGACGCCGUGGCCGCCAACGUGGCCGCUGAGGCGAAGCGCGGUGUCGCCAUGCGCCGGGAGGUGAUUCGGCUGCGACGCGACGCCGAGCACGACGAGGCCGACGCCGAGCUGGAGAUGGAGCGGAUGCUCUUCGGCGACGGCAAGACCAAGCAGACGCUCACCUCGAUGGUGCCGGAGAUUGACGGUGCCGUCCUCGCGCUCGAGGCGGAGACGAAGCGGCUGCAGGACGAGGAAAGCGCGCUCCUCGGUUCGGUGAAGCAAAUCAUCGGCGGCCUCAGCGACCUGCGGUACGGGAAGCUGGCCAACCGCCAGCUACGGGACGAGGUCCUGGAUGGACUCGAUUCACUGCAGGCGGCGUGCGACGGCAAAUCUUGA